AUGCAGCCUCCAGCGGGCAGAAAUCUGCCCGUGAAACUUGUGGACCCUGACUUUUCAGCAGUCGGGCAGCACCGGAAGAAUGUGAAAAGCUAUGGCAGUGGGUGGGCCUUGUUGUGCUGUGCCAUGGCCAGCAAGAGGUUCCUCGAGCUCGUCCUCUCCUUCUCCUUGAGUGUUGCCCACCACCCCAUCUCGCUGGUCUACAACAACCUGCAUCCUCAGUGGGAGAAGAGCGUCGCCUUCUUCCUGCGCUGGCGCGGCCUCAGGUCCCUCGCCCUCACGUACACGCACGUCAUGCAACUCAACACCCUCAACUCGCAGCACAAGUGGCACUUCUCCUCUCUCACCUCGCUCAGCCUCAAGCUGCGCGGCUGCUUGGACUGCUCCCAGCUGUUUGACGACAUGACCAAGGGCGAUCGGGAGGACGUGGAGCAGGAAUACUGGGACCGUAACUUCAACUGCCCGGAUCUGCAGCGGCUGAAGCUGGGGCGGGGCAAGUGGGUUCUUGGGGACGGCUGGGCCGAUAAGUUCAAAGCGCUGCGGAGUUUGACUCUCAAGCACGUGGACUGGGAUUACGUGGAUGUCAUGUAUCUCGCCAAGAUCACACCACAGCUCACAGAAUUCACGCUUUAUGAGCGCUGGAAAUUGGAUAAACCGUCCAUGGGCCCUAGGGGAGGCGGCAACAACAUGUACUGUUUCGACUUGUCAUCGGCUCGCGUUCUCCGCUUCUACUUCGCACAGAGCACCCUCACGCUCUUCCUCACCCUCUCCUGCUCCCUCAAGGUCUUCACAGCCGUGGCCAAACAGUUGGUCAUCUCCUGCAAUAGCGCCGAUCCGCUCUAUCUGGACCACCUCUCACUCUACGGCCAGAAGCGCCUUGUCAUCUCCUCCCUCCGCCUCGCAUCUGCACAGGUGGCCUACCUCAACGGCCCUCCCAUCGACCGGCACUCCCGCGAUGAUGCCCGCUCGUCCUACUGGCACACCCCUGCGCCGUCCCCUGACUGGCAGAGCUCGCAUUGCCGCAGCUCCCCUGAAUUCUCCUGGGCUGCAUGGCUGGGUGCUGUAGCGCCAACAGUGGAGGUGCUUAUAGUGAGGCACAGGGUGCCUGUAGAGAAGGUGCAUGCGGAGUGGGGCUGCCUGCGCAGCCUUGGGAUUGUCGUGGAGAGUGAGGAGCAAUUUGAGGUGGAUUUCAAGGUUGAGAAGCGGCGGGAUGAUGGUGAGGAGGAGGUUACAGUGGAAGACUUUCAGGAGCGCAACCAGAGGCUCUUGCGGGAGCAGCGGCAGCAGGAAGCAGUGCCACCGCAGCUGCAGUGGUGGCAGCAGCAGCUGCAGUGGUGGCAGCCGCAACAGCAGCAGCUCCAGCAGCAGCAGCAGCUCCAGCAGCAGCAACAGCAGCAGCAGCAGCAGCAAGAGCAGGAGCAGGAGGAGGAGGAAGAGGAGGAGCAGCAAGUAGGAAAACCUCCACUUACCAAGGCUCCGAACUUGCAAUCCAUCUUCUUCCCCACCCGCACAUGCGAGCAUCGCUCGUUCUACUGGGAGAAGCAUGGGAAGGAGCUGACUGAGUCCCCUGUGGCGCAUGUGAGGAAGGGGAGGAGCGGGGUGUCGAGCAACUACUUUGGGGAGAGGCAGGCGAAGAAUGUGAGGGAGAAGAUGCACAGUGUGUGGUUGCAGGACCCUGACGUGUAUCACAUGAACAUCUUUCACGCCUCACACCACCUCUCCCCUGCCACCGCCAAUCAGAUGUGCCCGCCUCAACUCCUUCUUCCCUCUCCUGUGCACGCAUCCACACACAUUCUGCCUUGCCCCCAUCCUACCCACCUUCGCCCAAACCAGUCAGCGGACGAGGUGCGGGCAGUGAAGGGCGUGAGCAAGCGCAUGUGCCCGAUGUGGGACUCUUUGGACCGGCUCAUACUCUGUCAGGUGGUGGAGGGCACGGAUCCUGCAGAGCUGAGGGACGAGCUGAAAGAGGCUCUGCCCCGCGCUCCCAAGUAG